GUCACUUCUUAGUAAAAGUGUUCUGUGAUACAUAAGUCUAUUGCAAAGAGUACCUAUAAUAAUAUAUAGGGAUGGUCUAUUGUGGUAUCAUAGAAUAUUUUUCAGUUUUUACUUUUCGUAACGCUGAUCAAGUUUAAUGUUCUAUGAUGGGAAUAAAAUUUUAAAAGAUCUCCAAAGAGUCUAGAGGAUGUAAAUAUUUAACGAUCCAAAAAAUUACAAUUUAAAAUUUGAAAAAUUCACACACAAGAUGAUUAUUGUUCUUGUAAGAGUUAAAGAGUUCUGUGUUAUUGUUUGAAUACUGUUAUGUGCACAAGAUUUUCUAGUUAAAUUAGUAAAUACUAAAUAACAUAAAGUUUAAACAAGUAAUUAGUUAAAAUCAAAAAUGAGACGACGAGCAGGAGUUGGAGCUAUACAAAAACAGCGUUUAGUAGAAGAGAAGUAUAGGGAAAAAGGCUCUGAAAUACAAGAGAAUCAAUUUCAACAAAUGUCCAAGCAACUUGAAGUAUUUAGAGGGAAUUUAGAGGAAUUUGCAUCAAAGCAUAAAAACGAAAUCAAGAAGAAUGCAGAGUUUAGGAGACAAUUUCAGGAAAUGUGUGCUGCUAUUGGUGUUGAUCCUCUUGCUUCUGGCAAAGGGUUCUGGUCUGUGCUAGGGAUUGGUGACUUUUACUAUGAGUUAGGCGUACAAAUAGUAGAGGUGUGUUUAGCGACAAAUUAUAAGAAUGGUGGUCUCAUAACACUGGAAGAGCUGAGGACUAAGCUGAUUGCUGCUAGAGGGAAGGCUAAGAAACAUCAGGACAUAACAAAUGAAGAUCUUCUAGCCGCUGUUAAGAAGUUGAAGAUAUUUGGUAAUGGAUUCACAGUAAUACCAAUGGGUAAAGGAAAUUGGUUGGUGCAGUCAAUUCCCGGAGAGCUUAAUUUAGAUCACACUCUUGUUCUCCAAAAAGCUUCAGCUUUGGGGACUGCCUGGGUUUCUACAAGCAUACUUACAGCUGAUUUGGGCUGGAACGGCACAAGAGCAGCCAAUGCUCUUAAUCACAUGGUCAAAGAAGGCCUAGCCUGGGUGGAUACACAGGAUCCUAAGGAAACACUGUACUGGUUCCCGAGUUUAUUCGCUGAAUGUGCGACUGCAUCUUAAAGUAUUUGUAAUAUAAACAAUUUGUUAUUUUUAAAGUGAUAUACUUCACUUCUGAGAUUUGAGAAAUUUGUAACCAAAAUUUAUGAACGCUGCAGGCCUCGAACCUGCAAAUAAUUAAAAUUGAACAAGAUAUACCAAAAUUUACGACCAUGCGUACUCGAACGGUUGGCUCAGUUGGGAAGAGCGCUCGACAGAACCAGAGGUCAGUGAGUCCUAGAGGUUGCGCGUUCGAGUCGCGCAUCGUUCAUAAAUAUUGGUUACAAAUCUUAUUUGUAAUAUACUACUAUUUAUAAAUAAACUUACACAUUAAUUUGAAAACCGUAACAAGAUUAACAUUUCACCAGUGGAGGCUCCUUUGCACAGGAUGCCGGCUAGAUUAUGGGUACCACAACGGCGCCUAUUUCUGCCGUAAAGCAGUAAUGUGUAAACAUUAUUGUGUUCGGUCUGAAGGCCGUCGUAGCUAAUGAAAUUACUGGGCAAAUGAGACUUAACAUCUUAUGUCUCAAGGUGACAGGCGCACUUGUAGUGCCGCUCAGAAUUUUUGGGUUUUUCAAGAAUCCUGAGUGGCAUUGCAUUGUAAUGGGCAGGGCGUAUCAAUUAUCAUCAGCUGAACGUCCUGCUCGUCUCGUCCCUUAUUUACAUGAAAAAAUAGUGUUUUAAUAUCUUCUCUGAUUGUAAAUAAAUAUACAAAGAUUAUUUAAUAUUUGUGUAAAUAAAAUUCUUGUUAUAAUAAAAUUUUAUUAACAUA